ACGUUGACUGGGAGGAGCGUUGCUGUCCUGCAUCUACUCUCUUUAGUACUGCCGAGCCCUGACCAGCUCGGAACUGUGGAAAAACUGUAGGAUUACUAAACUUUCUACAAAGCUGUUUUCAUGGUUUUUCAGUUGAGUUAGAACAGAUUUACUAAACCUUAAGAAACAUUUGUGAAGUCAUCGGGAAGCUCCCUUCCAAUGUGGAAUGAGGCAGCAGCGUGAGACCGUUAAAGUGAAACAAGACCCCAAAGUAAAGCCGUGUACAAACGGAGGAAUAAUGACCCAUCCCUGUGCUGCUGUCGUACUCCUGGCGAUUGUGUCCGCUGUCAGUGCCCAGGAGAAGGAAGUCUGUCACGGCACUUCCAACAAACUGAGCCUACUGGGAUCACCAAAGGAACAUUACGGUGCGAUCAAACGAAUUUUUAUGAACUGCAAGGUGAUACUGGGCAACCUGGAACUAACACACUUGGAAGAAGGAGUGAAUUUAUCAUUUCUCGAGACCAUUGAAGAGGUAUCUGGCUAUGUCCUGAUUGCACUUAACACUGUAGAGGUAAUACCUCUUAACAAUCUUAAGAUCAUCAGAGGAGCAAAGCUUUAUGACAAAUAUGCCUUGGUAGUCAUACUUAACUAUGAAAUACAAGGUGAACGUGGUAAAACGCAUGGUCUCCAAGAACUGCGUCUCAACAGUCUAGCAGAAAUCCUCAACGGGGGUGUAAGUUUUGUCAACAACCCAGUGCUUUGUUACUUAAACACAAUCCAGUGGCAUGACAUUGUGGAUUUGACUGCAGAAAAAAGCAAGAGGCCAGAGAUGAAUCUAAACUUUUCAACAAAUGUAGCCAGUUGUCCAGCAUGUGACUCAAGCUGCUAUAAUAACUCAUGUUGGGGUCCUGGCCCAGAGAACUGUCAGAAAUUGACAAAACUGAUCUGUGCUCAGCAGUGUCCUGGCCGCUGCAGGGGACGGGAGCUCAACGACUGCUGCCACGUUCAGUGUGCUGCUGGAUGUCGAGGACCACGAGAUCACGAUUGCCUGUCAUGUCGUAUGUUUAAGGAUGAAGAUACCUGCAAGGAAUCAUGCCCUCCCUUGAUGAUUUAUAAUUAUCAAACCUUUCAGCUGGAUGACAACCCGGGAGGAAAAUAUAGUUUUGGAGCUACCUGUGUAAAGGCAUGUCCAUAUAACUACGUUGAUCACAAUGGCUCAUGUGUUCGAACCCGUGGUCCAGAACAAAAUGAAGUACAUGAGAACAAUAUCAGAAAAUGCAAAAAAUGUAAUGGGCCAUGCCCAAAAGACUGCAAUGGAAUUGGAAUGGGUAGUUUGCUAGGAGUUCUAUCUAUAAACGCAUCAAACAUUGACACAUUUGAAAACUGUACUAAAGUCAAUGGAGAUAUCAUCAUUUUGCAGACUACAUUUACUGGUGACAUGCACACAAAUACCCUGCCUCUGCAACUUCAUAAAUUGAAUGUUUUUAAAGUACUGAAGGAAAUAACAGGAUUUCUGAUGAUUGUGUAUUGGCCUGCUAAUUUCACUGAUCUCAGUAUUUUUGAAAAUUUAGAAAUAAUACGAGGUCGGACCCAGCAUUUGUGCUAUUCUCUUGCCAUUUCAAACGUGAACAUUUCAUCUCUGGGAUUACGUUCGCUGAGGGAAAUUAGUGAUGGUGAUGUUUCAAUCUCAAGGAAUAAAAAUCUUUGUUAUGCCGAUACACUACCAUGGAAUAAAAUUGUAAAGCAUUCAAGGCAGAAUAUGAAGCUUAUGAACAAUAGUACCCCUCAGUUGUGCAAUCGGAACAACCAAGUUUGUCACCCUCAGUGUUCUGACGGAUGCUGGGGUCCAGGUUCUAGUCAGUGCCUCUCCUGCCUAAAUGUAACGCGAGGCAAGGAAUGUGUGGAGCAGUGUAAUAUCCUUCAUGGGGAACCAAGAGAGUUUGAAAAGGAUGGUAGAUGCCUUCCAUGUGAUCCUGAGUGCUUACCUCAAAAUGGAACCAAGACCUGCAAUGGACCUGAUUCUGGCAACUGCACUAAAUGUGCUCAUUAUAAAGAUGGCCCUCAUUGUGUGAGUUCUUGUCCAGCAGGCAUUAUGGGAGAGAACAACAUUCAGAUAUGGAAGCAUGCUGAUGAGCACAAUGUCUGCCACCUGUGCCAUCCCAACUGCACUCAGGGAUGUACAGGGCCAGGGCUCGAAUCCUGUGAACAUACCGGGUAAUACAUUUGUCUCAAUAGUUCGUGUUUGUUCUUUUUACAUUUAUUCUGCAUUAAUCAGUCAUCAUUUCAACAGCAUGAAGAACUUGACAAA